AUGAGUGAAAUUCAAUUUGAAAUUUACGGUGAAGUCAUCGUGAGGAAACUGCAGGUCGAAGAAGGUUCACAACCCUUGGAUAACGUGCGUAGUCUCCAACCCGGAUUUGGCCAGGAUGGCGGACUACGACCUAAGCCCUCUCCUGGGGACUCGUGCCCAUCAGUGGAACGCAUAAAUGGACUGUUCAUGAACAAUAUUGUAAUAUGUUCCUGCAUAUAUGAUGACACGAAUAAACAAAGGCAGAGUGAGGCCAUAUUAAGGCUACCUUUCCCCCAGAGACAUGCGAGGUUCGCUACCUCGCACAUCUGCGGCGGUGCGAGAGUGUGUAGCCGCGAUGUGAAACGGUGUGAUGUUUUCCACCAUAGAUGUGCGAGGUUGCGUGACGAACUAUUUUCAGCUCUGCGCGGGCACGGGGUACCGUGUGGUGGGGAGAUUGUGCACCAAUUGAAAGAUAAAGAAGGAGACGCUAUUGAUAGUGCUUCUGAAGGUGAACAACAUCAUGAAAUGACCAUAACUGUGCAUAAGAACAAAGCGAAAACUAAAACGAAGGUAUUCGCACACCACCUCGACCGCUACAAAAACGACACAAGAGGCUUGAAAGUGGAGAUCCUGAAUCGGCAUCUAGAGCACGAUGAAACGCGGGAGAUCGACAGUCGUGCUAGAUCGGAGUCUGGCGAAGUGGACUCCGUGUAUCAUGUUCGAGGAGCUUUGCACGACGGAAGGUGGAGAGACCAGAGUACAUCAUCCACCCGCGAGCCGAAGCGUGGCUGGCCAGCUGUUCGAGCAUGGUGCGUUGCGUGGUGGCACUCCGGGAGGGAAGACCUGGAGGACACCGAGCCGGAGGAAGAGCCCUCCGACCCCGGGUAUACCACGCCUGUCUCUGUGGAGACACCACUUACGAGUUCUGUGUCCAGAUGUCCAUCACUAAACGUCAUCAGGGAUCCUUACGCUGGACGCGGUGGCUCCAGCGGAUCUGGAGCUGAUGGAGGGACAUCUCCUCUUCGAAGAACCUAUGAUACUCCCGGCGCCAUUCCUGGUGCAGCUCGAGACAGCCGCUCCCUUCCUCCAAACACCCGAAUCAACGCUACUACCUCACCAGCACCAAAGUCAGCAUCAGCUGACUCUGUCUAUACAAUCCUCAUAAGACUCCCUGAUCAGGACACAGAAAGACCAAGCAUUAAAAUGAUCACAGAAGAAUCACCUCCAACAAUCACAAGAACCCAGUUUCGAACUCCAACGAGAGGGGACUCAGAACUAAACCUUCACCCUUCAGGGCAUCCUGCGUUGACGAGAAGAACGUCACAUUACCAAGACGUGAGAAUUCCCCUCAAUGCCAAAAUCAUUCCAAAACAAUUGGCUGGUAAAGGUAUAACGUCUAAACAGCCGAAGAAGAAGAAAACGCAAGAAAAGAAGCAAGAUACUAAAGCUGCAAAGACAUUAUCAGCUAUCCUCCUCUCGUUUAUCCUGACCUGGACGCCUUAUAAUAUUCUAGUGUUGUUAAAGCCUCUAACAGCAUGUACUAAAUGUAUACCAGACGAAUUGUGGUCUUUCUUCUACGCUCUUUGCUAUAUCAACUCAACGAUAAAUCCAGUUUGCUAUGCGCUUUGUAAUACUACUUUCAGAAAGACGUACAUUAGAAUUUUGACGUGUAAAUGGCACAACAGAAAUAGAGAAGCAAUGACUAGAGGCGUUUAUAACUAG